AUGCGUAGAUGGCUGAAAACCUUCCUCGCAACGAAAUUCACCAAAACAAUUGAUUGUUGGAAUUUGCAGGAUUCGCUGGUGUCUACUCGUCCCGUGACGAGUUGGACCUCACUCAAUUACCCUCCUUUUGUAACCUUCGAUAGCUACUUCAAAUCGAUUCAUUGGCCUGCUCAGCCAUCCACAACAAUGGGCGUGUCGAAACUCAAUAUCACUUCUCUGCCUCUCGAGAUGCAGCAACAAAUAGCAGAUUGCGUCAAAGCAGCGCAUCGACCCAGCCUUUUCGCCUUGAGUCUCGCAAGCAAGGCUUGCAAUAGGGCGGCUGCCUUUGUCAUUUUUCGCGAUAUCAGCAUCACGGUCCGGAAUCCCGAUGGACUGCAACAAGAUGUCAACAGACUUGUCAAGACUCUGUCCCGCACAGAUUCCGCACGACACGUCCAAAGCAUCACUAUCAAAGGGGCGCUACGACUUGAGUCCACCAAGAGGGCCAUAUAUGAUCCUGAGCACGGUUCGCUCAAACAAAGCGGCCUUUCUGAGAUACUUGCUCAAGAAGAAUUAAUGGACUACUCGCGCGACUAUGUAGUCUACGAUGAAGGCGUUAUUGAAGAAUCCUCUAAAGAAGAUGUAGCAUGGGCUCCAAUUGUGAGCCUACUUAAAGUAACAACUAGCCUGAGAGACCUAAUCUACAACUGCCAAACUCAAUUUCCGCCAAUUCUUCUCAAAGCCCUCCACCAGCAACAUCCCCUUUGCAGGCUCCACCAUCUCACAUUCCACUUCCGCACACUACUGUGGGGAACGCCUUAUCCCUAUGAAAUGGAGCUCGCCACGUCUCCAUCCUUGCAUAGGCUAAAAGCUACAUGUGCAUACCAAGAUUCCGAUGGCGAUUUUGACUACAACAUGGACGCUAUAAUGGAGCUUGCCGCUGGGCUUGCUCCCAACCUACAGCAUGUCACCGCAUUGAGUCUCUACCCAAACCUCCCUUCAAGUCAACGCAGCAUGCGGAAGCCGGCGUGGCAAGGCCUCCCGGGCUUUACUUCCGGAGCAAAGGGGUCCCUAAAAUCACUAUCUUUGAAAGGAAGCUCAGCAUUGCACUCGACGGACCUGCUGCAGAGAUGGGCCAAGCAUACAGACUUUACUCAGCUAGAGCAUCUUAUCCUGGGGGGCUCACACACAGAGUAUUUCUGUGCUCUGAGUGGUGAGACAAUGGACUGGAUUGCCCAGCAUUAUUCAUUUCCUAAUCUCAAGACACUCGAGGUCUACCUUACACGUGACGACGUGUUCAACGCAAGACCUAACUACACUCAACACGCAGUAUCCUUUUUCCAUGCCAUUAAUCCUCUUGAGAAGCUCACCAUCAAUGGGGCAAUGGAUUCACAAAUCCUCGAAGCCGUCUUAAACUAUCACGGUUCGACACUGCAUAAGCUAAGCAUAAACCCCAUUGAAGACCUACAAGUAAUCACCAAUGGCCGCCAACGCAGCGAAAUACCCCUCGAAUUCACACCCUCGCGUAUCCAACAAAUCACCAUCCACUGCCCCCACCUCUCCGAUCUCUCCCUUCCAAUCAUCCGCAACGCAUCUCGCGCCUCCGAAACCGCGUGCUACAAAGCCCUCGCCCAGAUCAAGCCUCUGCGAGCCCUGUUCCUCACACUUGAAUGCACAAACUACCGCAUCAAUCGAGACCCAACAUACGACCCUCAGUACGAGGGUGAAGAUAACCAAUUAACAUAUUGCACCGUGGACCGUCUUAAACGCGGCACGGUUAAACAAACACUGAUAAACAGCGCCGUAGACGAAACCUUGGCUCGCUCAAUCUUCACGCUCAUUAGCACCCACAAACGGGGUCGCCAGCUCGAGAGUCUGAAGCUAUGGACCCAUGGCGCAGGGCAAUUCGCGACAACAUUCUAUGGGAGCAUUGACACUUUUGUUCGGAAUUUGAGUCGCUCGUGGUUGAUUGAACGGGUGCCCGGCCAUGAGGUUGAGGAGGAGGAGGAUGUUAGCGUUAGGGAGUUGGCGAGGCUUGGGAGGGAGAGUAGAGAGAUCGGUCUGAGGGGCAGGGAUGAUGGAGAGGUGGAGAAGAUAUUUUGGGAGAUUUGGCCUGAGAAGCAAGGGAAAGAGGAUUGGAGGGUUAGUUGGGAGGGGUUUAAGCUUGAGGAUGACUUUCAUUGUUGUAUCCAAGUUGCGAAUCAACCACUUGUAGUGUGUAUGAAGGGCGACAAAUUCCUUUGGGACCGUCUUACCAAACCCCUACUCGAGCUGUUGCUCAAUAUCGUUACCAAAGCGUUUACAAAUCUCCGUCCACUCCAUAUCCUGUUUAUCCUUUAA